UCCAUUAGGUUUUUACACUGUAACACCUUUUAGCCGUAUUAGCUUAACGUGUCUGAUACAUUAAGGAAUUAUGACACCGAAUCCUUUUGUUAUAUAUCAAUUCAUGUUUACAUAAUAAUUUGGAGAAGGAAGGUUGGUUUGUAGAGUUUAGAAGGGAGGGUGAAAGGUUGUAGGUUCAAUUUCUCUUAUUAUUAAAAACUAACAUCUAAGAUUUGUCGAUAAAAAAAAAAUAUUAUGUUUGCAUGAUUUGAUUUUUGGUCAUGGGCGUGAGUGGUGAUUUUGGGAUAGGUAAACCCUGCAUUUUUAAGUUCAUGUCUGUUAACCUUCCACAGAGCUAUGGAUCAAGGACAAGUUUAAGUCUUGAAAAUCCUUCAAUUUUUUGGAUGUAUUAUUUUUUAUAACCACAUUUAUCUUCUUCUUUUUUAUACUUUUUUUCUUAAGGUUUUCAUGCUAUAGGUAUAGCUAGUUUAGAUUAACAAGAAAAUAAAAUAUGAAUUUGAAGAUAAAAAUAAUUAAUUUAUGGCCCAUCGUUUGAAAUCAUAAGGCUUUUCUCACUUUAAACACUCUUGCCAAUUUGAUAUUCCAAUUAUGGAAUAUUCUUUCAUCUUGAUUGCCUAUUCAACCAAUUAUAUCCUUAAUUAACUUUCAAUGAUGCUUAAAAUAUUCAGAACAGGAUUAAGCAUAGUAGAUAUGGGUAUUAGAUAUUUGCGUGUAAAUAAAUAUCAAUACUUAUUCCUGAAGAGGCUAAAUAUACAUUGUAUUCAAUUACAAUUUUCAAAAUAUUGAAAUUUCAAACAUAAAAAUGGUUAAGAGAUUCCAUGUCAUAUUUAAAACAAAUUUGAAAGUUUAAAAAUCAAAAUUUCAAAUGUGUAUGGUAGAAAUUAUGUCUGACUAAUUCAUAACCAAGUAUUUUAUUUUAAAGUUAAAUCUUCACAAAAUAUUGGUAUAUUAAAUUAUAGUAUAUACUCGUAGUAAAUAAUUUAUAGAUUCAUUACUUUUGGUGAAUUUGAAUUGUGUUCUUAAGUUUAAAUUUGUUCUAUGUUUUUUUCAUUAGGGAAGGACUAGUUGAGUGCUAAAGUGGAGAAGUAGUUCUUAAUCACAGAAUGAAUUUUACUGCUACUUCUGUUGUACUUUUGUUGUUUUAGAAAGUGAGAGUUCCAAAUGAAUUUUUAAAAUGCUGUGAAAUUCGUGUUUCCUUGACAUUGUUAUUCAGUCUGCUAACGUAACAACAUCUGUCAGUAAUGUUAGCUGAGAAACAUUAAUCUUCUCAACUCGAGCAAUUCUCUGGCAAGUAAAGGGCUAGAGACUGAAAAGUUAAGGGCUAGAUUAGGAACCAAAAUUCUUUUUUUUUUUCGUAAUUUAUUCAAGUGGCGGAAUUACUGAGCGAAGAAGCAACAGAAUAAUGCAGAAGAAAGAGAGGACCCAAAAAAGUAGAAUUGAAGGACAAGACAAGAAUGAUAGGUUAUGCUGUUAUGUAAAGGCAGAAAACGAAUGCAUGUGUUGUUUUGUUUUGUUCCAUUGGCCUUUCCAACGAAACGAAAGGAAUCCCAACAAGGAAGCCAUGACAGGCACAUUGGUGAAGCGAGUGAUGAAAUCAUUGUGUGCAGCUCAUGGGAUGAGGUCUUCUUCCUCUUUGGCAAAGGUUAAAGUUGGAACAGAUAUACUCUGCAUUGCACCCAAUGUUUCUCUUCAAAGAGCUCGCACAUGGGACCAAAGUGUCGCUUCUAACUUCUUAACCACUCCUCUCGUGGACAUCUUCAAGGACAAGAAAGUCGUCAUAUUUGGAAUCCCGGGUGCAUUCACAGGAGUCUGUUCAGAAGAACAUGUUCCAACUUACAUGGAUAAUGCUGACAAGUUUAAGGCUAAGAGGGUCGAUUUUGUUAUCUGUGUUGCAAUCAACGAUCCGUAUACUAUGAAUGAGUGGGCAGAGAAGCUUCAAGGCAAAGACACUAUUGAGUUUUAUGGGGACUUUGAUGGGAGCUUUCAUAGAAGUUUGAAAUUAGUCACUGAUCUCUCUAAUGUUUUGCUUGGAACUCGUUCUGAAAGAUGGUCAGCAUAUGUAGUAGAUGGAGUGAUUAAGGCUUUAAAUGUUGAAGAAGAUCCAUCUGUUGUUACAGUUUCUGCUGCACAGACCAUUUUGGAACAGAUUUGAGGUUUCUGCUGGUUUGUUUCUAUGCAUAAAGUUGAUCUUACAGUGUGAGGUUGGUUUAUAGUCAGUAAAAUUGAAAUUAAAUCUUUGAACAUGGUUGAGGUGUAUGAUGUUGGUUUAUUUAUUUUUUAUUUUAAACUUCAAAAGAAAUAGAUGAAUUUUCUUCUUGCAGUGAUAAA